AUGGUCUUGGAGAUGCUACAUCCUGAGCUGGUGCCACAUUGCCUUGGCUGGAGCCGAACAGGCCCUGCAAACCUGGAGCGAAGGUAUCCCGAUGAUCAUGAAAAUGGCUUCGAUGGCCAAGCAUUGGACUACAUUUGCCAAGGGCUCCUGUUGCGGCACGGCCUGCGCCCUACGCCGCGCCUGCGACGGCGCGCUGCGGCUUCGGCCAGGCGGCGGGCAGCGCUACUGCGCCGGCUCCUCGGCGACAGCAUCCACGGCUCAGCGCUGCGACGGCAGUUGGAAGAGACCUUUCAUUUGAUCUUGCCGCCGGAGCCGGGCGACCCACUCGACAUGAUCAGCUUGAUGGCGCCCACAGCCUUCCACCGGUGCGCCGCGCUGGGUGGUGCAGAGGUCUUGCAGACCUUGUCCACCGCGCUCACCUGGAGGCCUUGGCUGGUGCUCCGGGGUUGCGACGCACCGGAGCAGGAUGACGACUUUCUAGACUCCAUGCCCGCCGAGCCACUGUUGAGGUGCCAGCAGCGUUGCUUACAGGACGGCUACGGCGGCUUCGUUGUUCGAGGGUCCCAGGCCUAUUUUCGGAGACGACCUGCAAGCGGCUUGCUUCACAGCUGCAUCGCAAAACCCGGCGAUGUGCUGCACGUUGCGCCCGGGCCUGCAUGUGGGUUGCCACGACAAUCUUUGGCAGCUUUGCUCUUGGGUCAAGCAGAUGGCCUCCGAACGGCCAUGGAUGUUGCACUGGAAAGUGGUGAUGCGCAGGCCACAGUCGAAUUGGGAAAGCUGGGCUGCAGGGCCAUGGAGGACAGGACGACAGAUGCUGCAAUCUUGGACCGCAUUCUCUACGGCGGCAUGCCACAGUGGCUGGCACGCGCUGUGGGGAAUUUGGCUUAUGCAGGCAAGCUCGCUGAUGACUGCGGCACCGUGUUGCAAGAUGCCCAGCAGAUUCGGGGCAGAGUCCUCGAGGACGUCGAGCAGGUGCAGCGAGCAACCGGGACGUCCACUGCCGUGGCAGAAGCGCUGCUGCGACACUUUGGACAUAGUCCCGAAGCCGCCAUUUCGCAAUUUCAGGUCGAUGCCAAAGCUGCAAAGACCGCUGCCGGGAUCCGCGAGGGCCGCACCUCUUCCGAGUUGGUCUGUGGCAUUUGCUUCGCAGGCCUAGAACCUGGUGGCGACUCUUUGCGCCGCUUGCUGCCUUGUGAAGGGUCGCAUGCCUUCUGUGAUGCAUGCCUGCGGCAGUAUCUGGAGGGUCUGCUAGCUGCUGGCAAUGUCAGAGGCAUGGUCUGCCCGGAGCCCGAGUGCCGAUUGCCUUUGGGCGAGGCGUGCAUUGAAGGCAUCCUGGGAUCUGCUGCGCGGCAGAAGUUUGUUCGGCUCGCCGCGCUUCAGGCUGUGGAUGCUGCGGCCCACAUCUGCUGGUGUCCGCAACCGGGCUGUGAAAAGGCCGUGGCCAGGACCGACGGCCUCACCGUGCGCUGUGCAUGCGGCUACACUUUCUGCUCCAGUUGCAAGCUUCCUGGGGGCCACGAGCCCUGCACUUGUGAGCAGAUUGCGGAAUGGAAGGCAGUCUACGGGGACUUUGCCCGGACCCAGGAGCAACGGCAGCACCAGCAGGACCGCGCCGAGAGCUGGGUCCGGCGGAAUGCGCAGCACUGCCCUGGCUGUCGGGCCAUCGUCCAGCGCAACGGGGGAUGCAACCACAUGGUUUGUCGCUGUGGGACUCACUUCUGCUAUGUGUGUGGCCGCCCUUGGGACGAGCACACAUCUCAGGAGGGUGGCAUAAACUAUUAUGUCUGCCGCAUGCUCAAGGCGGACCGCAACAGCCAUGCUUUGGACAACUCCAUGGUCCAACAGUUCGAGGAUCCGGUGGCUGAGUUUCAGAUGCUGGAGAGGUCAGAAGCCUGGGCCCGGCGCUGGGCCGAGGAAGCCUACCAGCUAUGCCAGGCCGUGCAGUAUUCGGAAUCUGCUGCCUUUGCCGCGCCCCGGGAUGACGCGAAGCCAACAGAACAGAUGCUGGCGGUAUUCCUCAAGGAUGCCGUGGAAACGCUGAUCUCGGCACAGGCCACCCUCCGAUUUUGCUGCAUCUUCAGGUGGGAUGCCGCGCGGAGGCAUCUUCAGACCGGUCCACUGGAGUUCUGGCUCGGCGAGCUCGCGAAGUGCAGCAACACCUUGCAGGCCGCUUUGGGCCCGACCUUUGAGCGGACGUGGAACUUGCAGACGAAUAUCCCCGUUUCCAGCACCACUCGCUGGACGACACUGGAGACAGCCGGGGAUUUGCGUGGGGCUGCCUGUCGCCUAGACGUGCUCCAGACACGCUUGGACGAUCUGGGCCGUCUCAGGGAUGCGGUAUGCCGGCUACGAGGGCGAGUCUUGGCUGGCGCGCGCGAAGGGGCCUACUACGGUGCUCCUCCAGGCUUGCUGGAGCAGAUGGGCAGGAAGCUUCUGACGUGGUUGGGCUUCUGA